AUGGAAAGAAGUCAAUCAUCAAGAAUGAAAAGAAAAAGAAGAAAAUAUAAUAGAAAAUUUUUUAAAAAUAAUUUUGUGAAUUCCUCCAUCAAAUCUCUUCCGAACGAGCUCCUUUCUGAAAUUGUUGCGAGGGUUGCUUCUUCUUCUUUUUUGGAUUAUAUCAAUGUCAAGUUCAGCUGUAAAAUUUUCAAUGGAGUUUCGAACGAUCCAUAUGUUUAUCGUCACAUUUCAUUAGAGGAAUUUCCAAUAGGAGGAUGUUCAUGGAAGAGUGAAAAUGGAGAGAACGAAAAUAAACUUUCUUUGUUCAUGAGGACGUGCAUGGAGAGUGGGAAUCCAGAAGCCUUGUACCGAAAAGGUGUGGUUGAUUUCUUUAGGAAAGAAAGUCCAGAAUAUGCAAUGAAAUAUCUUGUGAAAGCUGCAGAGGCAGGACACAUUGGAGCAGAAUAUGUUGUAAGCCUAAUACAAGUCUUGAUGGGGAAAGAAGUAUUAAAGAACAAUGGCAUAGUUGCAAUUGGCAGAAUGAAAGCAACCAAGCCAAAGCGAAGAGCGUUAGCAGAGUUUCGAAAAAACUUGGUUGACAUAUUGAGUAAUAUUUGGAUACUUAAUCCUAUAGUAUUUUUAGGACGACAAAACUCGAAUUGGUGUUCCCUUCAUCAUAAGCGUUCUUACAAGAAUAAGUGGCGUCAAUGGCCUUCUUUUGAUACUGAUGAUGAUGAGGAUGCGGAUUUUUGUUGUUAUGCUUGUAGUUGUGAUGAAGAAAUUGCACACCUUGUUAACAUUCUACCAACUUGGUAG